AUGAAAUUAAAACAAUGUUUCAUAGUAGCUGUUAAACCUAUCAAAAUAAACAAGACUAUAGAAAGAAUAGGUAAAUUGCCUUCUAAAUAUUUGAUGUCUCCAAUCUUAAAGGAAUAAUAAGAUAUAAAUCCUUAAGAAUUGAAAGAUUAAACCAAUCUAAAUUUCUAAUAUUAAUAUCAACCUAAUAAAGUUGGAAGAGAUAGCGAUUAUUUUUUAACAAAUUAAAAAUAUAAAGAAUUUGCAUAUAAGAAUCCACAUGGUAAAGUUCAUAUAUUCAAAUACUAAGAUGUAAAUUUUACUUUGGCAGGAUCAUAAUGGGAGCAUAUUCCAAUAAGAAAUCUAUAUAAAUUAUUAUUAUUUUCUAGACCUUCAUUAAUAAUGUUAUAAAUGAAACCAGAUUAAAUACUUAAAGGUUUUGAUUAUAAAUUUAAAUCAUCAAAGGAUUAUAUAAAUUAAAUAGUAAGAGAGCCUGAUGAGAUUAUGCCUGCUGGUUAUCAUGAAAAGAUAGCAGAGGUAUUGGAACAUGAAAAGUUAGAAUUUUUAGAAUAUGAACCUUACAUAAAUAAAGAAAGAAUAGAUUAUGAUAAAAUAGCUACUAUUUCUUAUUAUGCUAAAAAAUUUAAUGCUAAAAUUAUGUUAGCUGAUAUUCCAGCUCUCAUUUUUAGAGAAACUCUAUGCAAUUAAUUAACACUUCCUUAAUUAUAAUAAUAUUUUAAAGUUGCAUGUAUAGCAACACCAUAAAAUCCAGAUAUUUAUCCUAAUACUCCUAUGAAUGUUGCAUAUUAAAUAUUACCUGAUAUAUUUUUAAGAAGAUCAGAUGAAUUUAUGACUACUCUUGUAGAAUAUUUGGCAGCCAAGAAAUCAUAUAAAAGAGUAUUUGCUUUAUUAGGUAACAUGUAAUCUGAUGCAAUUGUUGAUUUAUUAGAUAAUAAGUCUGCAUCUCAUUUAAAAUAUGAAUUAGAGAUUCCAAAAAUAAAGAGAACUCUUUUUAAAGAUUUAACAUGUGAAGAUUUAGUUGAAAGACAUGCAAUAUUAGAUGUAAUGUAUUAUGGAGAUAUUGAACAAGAAGUUGAUCCUGAAUAAUAAGAUUAUUAUUUUCCAGAAACUAUGACUAUUAUUGAUAAAUAUGCAGAUCCAUAAUUUAUUGAUAAGACUCGUCCUGCAUAAAUGAGAUAUUUACAUUUGGAAAUGCUUAAAAAAUAUUCAAUAUUUCAAAGCAAAUAUUAUAAAAUUGGUAAAUAAAAAUUAAAAGAAGAAUAUAUGGAAAAAGCUAAGAUUAUUUGA